GCGUUUCCGUCGACCAAUGAAGAUCGCGUCCUUUUUGCCAGCGGGGACGACGAUCUGCUACGAGCUCGGGCUUGGCGACCGCCUCUCGUGCGUCACGUUCGAGUGCCAGUUUCCCAAAGCCGCGCUGGCCAAGCCCAAGGUCAUUCGGUGCGUCUUCGACUCGGCGACGCACUCGUCCGGGGCCAUUGACCAGCUUGUGAGCGACAGCGCCACCGCUGGCACGCCACUGUAUGAGAUCGACGAGGCGCUUCUUGGCGACGUAGACAUUGUCCUGCUCCAAGACCUCUGCGAGGUAUGCGCGAUCGGGCCUGCCAACGUCCUCCCCGUCCUCGACAAGCUUCGUGUCCAGCCCAAGAUCGUCUACUUGACUGCGCGCGGGCUCCAAGGUUUGUACCAGGACGUCAUGGCGAUCGCCACCGUGUGCGGUGUUGCGGACCGCGGCCAGGCCAUGGUCGCGGCCAUGAAGGCCCGCGUCGACGCCGUCGUCACUGCGCUCGACGGCUGCCGUCCACUCAAAACGGUGUGCGUCGAGUGGCUGGAUCCGAUCUACAAUGCCGGUCAUUGGAUGCCCGAGCUCGUGACGCUCGCAGGCGGCUACGACCCGCUCGCAGCCCCGGAGACGUUUUCGGUGGCGAUCGAUUGGAGCCACGUGGCCGACGCGGGCGCCGAAGCCCUCGUGAUCAUGCCCUGCGGCUUUGACUUGGCGCGGAGCAUCAAGGAGAGCUCGGCGCUGCUGCCGUCCAAGAAGGGGUUUCAGGACAUUCCUGCCGUGCAGACCGGCCGCGUCUUUAUCUUCGAUGCGAACCGCCUCUUCAGCGGCGCUUCGCCGGCGCUCGUGGACGGCCUUGAGAUCCUCGCGCACCUCCUGCACCCGGACCGGUAUCCUGCGAUUCCUCGCUUCGAGGAUGAUUAUCGCAUUGUGGAUCUCCUUCAUACCAGGACGAGUGCCAUGACGCAAGAAUGAGCCUACCCAAUACUGUAGCUACUUGCAUCGGUAGCAACGGAAAUCCAUCAUGCUUGC